AUGCGAGUUGCAGCAACAGUGGCAGCUCUAGGCGCUGCAGUGAACGUUGUGCUCGCUGCGGACCUUUUGCCCGAGAUCACAGACAAUCCUCUCGAUGUGAUCUACACGGCUACACUUCCGCAGGACCCCUUUUUCCACGCGCCAGAGCUUGAUGGGAACAUUAGAGGCUUUAUAAGUGCUGCCGCGCCUCCUGACGGCUUGGGAGUUCGAUUCACUGUGCGAUUUGAGAACUUGCCCAAGACAGGCGGCCCUUUUCCUUACCACCUUCAUGUCAACAAAGCAAGUAACGGUAACUGCACCGCAACGGGCGCACACUUGGACCCCACGAACCGUGGUGAGAAGCCGCCUUGCGAUGCUGGCUCUCUUCCAUCGUGCCAGGCUGGAGAUCUUGCUGGAAAAUAUGGCAAGAUUACUAGCGACCCCUUCAUUGUCGAGUACGUUGAUAAGUUCGUAUCUCUAAAAGAAGGCGAUGCUACCUUCUUCGGCAAUCGGUCUUUUGUCAUCCACCUCGCCAACUCGACUCGUAUCACUUGUGCCGACUUUGUCAAGAAUGAUCCCGACAUACCCUACGGCGACGACCAGCACAUCCACUACAUCCACUACACCAACAAGAUCUACUCCGACAGGCACGGGGGUCUCUUCUAG